AUGGUGACCUUCACCUACCUGGCCGAAAUAGUCGGCAACCUCGCCAUCUUCGGCCUGCUGGCGCAGCUCUGGGCGUUGCCGUUCCUCAUCUACCUCUACGUCGUCGACAUCAACACCGUCAACAAAUGGACAGCCUUCGGUCAUGACCGUGCUGCUCGCCUACCCGAGCACGCACGCCAUCCAGGUGGGCUGGAACUCGCGGAACUCGAACUCGACGACAGCCCCCGCUACCGCCGCGGCAACCGCGUUUCGUCUCGCUCUGCGUCGUCAACAUCUUCAUCUACAUCUUCGCCAAGCUCUACUAUAUCCUGCGCAACCGGUACCGGGACCGGAAAUGGAACGCGAUGA